GAAUCCACGCUGAAUAUUGAUACAGACAACAAGUGUUUGAUUCUUCGUAAACUUCUCUCGCGAGACUAGUGUUCUUUGACACCAAAAUCAUGGUGCGUAUAGAGACAGAAAUAGAGAAAUGGAACGAAGUUUGUCUCUGAUCACCAUUUUUCUGGUUCUCGCUUUGUCUGGAAGAUGCAGCUGCGAUGUCAAUCUUUUCAGCCGGAACGAUUUCCCCGAGGGCUUCGCUUUCGGAUCCGCAACUUCUGCUUAUCAGUGGGAAGGAGCUGUUAGUGAAGAUGGGAAAAAGCCUAGCAUCUGGGACACUUUCCUUCACCCUCGUAACUUGGAAAAUGGAGACAUAGCUUGUGAUGGGUAUCACAAGUACAAGGAAGAUGUGCAGCUGAUGGUGGAAACUGGCUUAGAUGCGUUCAGAUUCUCCAUCUCUUGGUCUAGGCUUAUACCGGAUGGAAGAGGUCUUGUUAACCCAAAGGGUCUUCAGUUCUACAAUAACUUCAUCCAAGAACUUGUAAGCCAUGGAAUCGAACCACAUGUUACACUGUACCACUACGACCAUCCUCAGUACAUAGAGGAUGACUAUGGAGGAUGGAUCAACCGCAGAAUCAUCGAAGACUUUACUGCUUAUGCAGAUGUUUGCUUCAGAGAGUUUGGUUCUCGCGUCAAAUUUUGGACCACGAUCAACGAGGCUAAUGUAUUCACUAUUGGAGGUUAUAACGAUGGGACUACACCGCCUGGUCGUUGCUCCUCACCGGGCAGAAACUGCUCGUCAGGGAACUCUUCGACUGAACCAUAUAUCGUAGGCCAUAACUUGCUGCUUGCGCACGCCUCUGUUUCAAGACUAUAUAAGCAAAAGUACAAGGAAAGGCAAAGAGGUUCUGUAGGCUUUAGCUUAUUUACAAUAGGGUUUACUCCUUCUACAAGCUCCAAAGAUGAUAUCAAUGCAAUUCUUAGAGCCAAAGAUUUCUUCCUCGGCUGGAUGCUUGAGCCUCUUAUAUUUGGAGACUAUCCGGAUGAAAUGAAAAGAACCGUUGGUUCAAGACUACCAGUUUUCUCAGAGGGAGAGUCAGAACAAGUUAAAGGCUCAUCUGACUUCAUAGGAAUCAUUCACUAUCUUGCGGCGUACGUCACAAACAUCAAAUUCAAACCUUCUCUUUCAGGGAACCCGGAUUUCUUCUCAGACAUGGGCGUAUCUGUGACUUUCCUUGGGAAUUUUACGGCUUUCGAGUAUGCUGUUGCUCCAUGGGCUAUGGAAAGUGUCUUGGAGUAUAUAAAGCAGAGUUAUGGCAAUCCUCCUGUCUACAUUCUUGAGAAUGGUAGACCGAUGAAACAAGAUUUGCAGCUGCAAAAGAAGGACACUCCAAGAAUUGAGUACUUACAUGCUUACAUUGGUGCGGUGCUAAAAUCCGUUAGGAAUGGAUCAAACACGAGAGGCUAUUUCGUAUGGUCAUUUAUGGAUUUAUACGAGUUACUGAGAGGAUACGAGUUUAGUUUUGGAUUGUACUCUGUGAAUUUUAGCGAUCCUCAUCUCAAGAGAUCUCCAAAGGCCUCUGCUCAUUGGUACUCUGCUUUUCUCAAGGGCAACACCACUUUUCUUGCUUCCCAAGGCAUCACAAAAUUGCAGAGCGACUUCUUUUCUUCAGCUUCUUAGUAGUAAUGCUUGCAUUUUUAUUUCCUGAUGACUCUGGUUCGGUUAUGAGAGUUUGUACUGAACGAAAUAUCAUGUUCUAGGGGUAAACAUCACGCUUUUCUGUGUUAAUGGAUUUAGACUACUUGCCGUUUUGAAA